AGUAUUUAGUUCGGACAUUUAGAUGAUUACUGUUUAUAUCGACUAACAUUUAAAUUUUGUGUACAGCAAAUGAGUUUUUGCUUUCGUUGUUGGAUUGCAUAUAGCAGUUAUAUUCGGUGAAGAGGCUGCACACAAGUAUGGUGGACACUUUACAAGUGUCCUUUGAGGAGGAUGGUUUUGCUACCAUACAGAUGAUGAAUGGAGAAAACAGGUUCCAGUUGUCGAUCAUUGAUGAAUGGAACAGGGCUUUGGAUAAAGUUUUAGAGAACAAGAACACGAAGGGUUUACUGAUCAAGGGAAUGGGCCGAUUUUUCUCUAACGGGAUCGACUUAAACUGGCUGGGCGAACAGGAAGGCGACUCGCGGCGGAAAUUCAUGGACGGCCUCCACAGAAUGCUGGUCCGUGUUCUUGUGUUCCCGGUUCCAACAGCCGCCCUCAUAAAUGGCCAUGCAUUUGGUGCGGGGGCGUUCCUGGCGCUCGCCUGCGACUUCCGGUUGAUGCGGCCUGACCGCGGCUGGCUCUGUUGGCCGGAGACGGCUAUCGGGAUGCGCUUCGGCGAUAACCUACUUAAAGUAGCCAAGUCCAAGAUUCCGCCCGGAAUCGCACAGAAGGAGGCUUUGGUGUACGCCAAGCGUCUGACCGGCCCUGAAGCCAAGCGUCUUCAGUUCGCAGACGUUCUCACCGAGGAAGCAAAGAUGCCGGCGGAGGCGAGAGUGCUUAUUUCCGGCGCGCUAGGACGGAAUGGGAUAUCCCGAGAACUUCUUCAAAACACGAAAACAGACAUGUAUGGAACGGAACUGCAUCAUAUCAUAUCAAAGCUUUAGUCAAACAUUAACAUGGUCAAGUUGUGUGCAAUGUAUUGAAGACAUUCUAUAAGACACAUAUUAAGUGCCAUUUGAUUUUUCUAGACUUUCUCUUAGAUUACAGGCUCUUGUUGUAGAACACGAUAACACAAAAAUCACUUCUGUGCAUUUUUCAGGGAUUAGAACCAAGGGAACUCUACUAGUAUGUUCGUUUAAAUUGAUAGAAAACACGUUCUUGUUGGUUUAUACAUUGAAUAAAGUGAUUAUUCCCCUUUAAUAAAAUUUAAUAAUUGUACCAUCAGUCACAUGAAUAUAGCGCCACAACUUGACUGGUAGUGUCCGUGAGUUUUGCCUUUAGUUCAAUAACUUCAACUCAUAAUUGAACAUAAUAUGUACACGUAUGGUCCUUAUUGAGCAUUAUAGGUACACAUGUGGUCCUUAUUGAACAUAAUAUGUACACGUAUGGUCCUAAUUGAGCAUUAUAGGUACACAUGUGGUCCUUAUUGAACUUAAUAUGUACACGUAUGGUCCUAAUUGAGCAUUAUAGGUACACAUGUGGUCCUUAUUGAACAUAAUAUGUACACGUAUGGUCCUAUUUGAGCAUUAUAGGUACACAUGUGGUCCUUAUUAAACAUAAUAUGUACACGUAUGGUCCUAAUUGAGCAUUAUAGGUACACAUGUGGUCCUUAUUGAACAUAAUAUGUACACGUAUGGUCCUUAUUAUCCCCCGCCGAACCGAAGGUUUCGGGAGGGGGAUAUUGUUUUGGCGUUGUCCGUCCGUCCGUCAUUCCGUCCAUUUGGGGCCAUAUCUUGGUAGGCAUUGAUCAAAAAAUGUUCAAACUUAGUCAGAAUGUUCCCCUUCAUCAAAGCACGACCACUUGUAAAAGUGAGUCACAUGGGGUCAAAAACUAGGUCACAAGGUCAAAUCUUAGAAAAAUCUUUGGAACACAUUAGAGGCAUUAUGUAUGGCCAUGAAACGUGAUCAGAAUUUUUUCCUUGAUGAACUCUUUGACAUGUUUAAAACUGAGUCACAUGUGAUAACAAAUUAGGUCACUCGGUCAAAUCUUACAAAAAUCUUGUCCGAAACCAUUUCCGGGUAGUGACUGGUCGGAUUAUGUUCAUACAUGUAUGACUGAACACAUGAUAAUAAAUAUAUGUAUUUUAUGAUGAUUUACUUCCAUCAACUUCCAUUAUAAUCGAUUAUGAUAGGUUAUAAUCAAUAAUCACCAACAUGAAGCUCCUAUGAGCUUGAAAAUAACACACAGAGAACAUGAUCAACAGGUAACUUAAAAUGUCAUUUUCCACUAUUUACUGUUAUCACUUCAGACAUAUCUGAUCUUUCAGUUUGAAAUCAUUCAAAUUCAUAGAAACUAUUACAAAUGUUACUCUAUAUACAAAACUUUCAUUUCAAAUAAUUCCAAACAAACUCAAACUUAUAUCCAACGUUCAUAACAGUCCAUUUCUCUACAGCCAUAUUACAUUUUAAUAUAGGAAUAUUCCACCUACUUUUCAUUUCCAAUCCAUGAACUUUGCUUAAUCAAGCGGGGGAUAUCAAUUCAACGAAUUUUCUUGUUUAAUAUCAUUUAAAAAAAUGUACAA